AUGGGAAGAAAGAAGCUCUCCAUGAGGCUAAUCGAAAACCCCACCUCCAGACAACUCACUUAUAAUAAGCGCAAGGAGGGCAUCAUCAAGAAAGCCGGCGAGCUUGCAGUGCUGUGUGACACCGACGUCGCCCUCAUCAUGUUUGCACCGUCUGGCCGCCUUGCUAGCUUCGCUAGCAAUGGAAGAACUGAGGAUAUACUACUUCGAUUUGUUGACAGGCCAGAUGAGCUUAGAGGAGGGCCUAUCAAUCACCAAGAGUUUUUGUCUCAAAAACUGAAACAAUUGAAGUAUGAAGGUGAAAUGCUGGAGAAGAUAGCAGUGUAUUAUGCACCUAACGUUGAAAAAAUCAAUUCAGCUCUUGAAGCAGGAGUUUAUCAACAAUUUCUUACAACUGCUAUUCAACGUAUCCAGACAUCAAAGAUAUGA